CCCCCUCCCCCUCCCAGCAAUUACCUCACGCUGAUCCCACUCUCGGAUGCACGAUUGCAACCGCGGGACACUCGACUCACAGUCGUUUUCCUGCUGGGAUUUGCCCUGGCCAUCGCCGGGGCUGUCUUCAUCACCGUUCCGCGUGGCGUCUCCAUUGGGGAGGUCUGUGUCCGGCCCAGCCGCAUGUCCUGGAACACCACGAAGUCGACCUACCAGCUCAAGCUGCUAGCCAUGGUCCCCGUCUACAAUCCCAACUACCUCAAGGCCCACAUUGAGGGGGAGCUCCGGGUGCUGUUCUACAACACGGAAGCUGGAAAGCAGAGCAUGGGCUCCGUCAAACUCCCAGCACGCUCCUCCCCUGCGAUCAUCGACGUCACAAUCGACGCCUCGGAUGUGCCAUCGGACUACAUCCUGGCCAUCCUCUCCCAGUGCUCCACCUUCCCGGAGGUCCUCAUAUUCUUCCUGCAGGGCAACCUCACCGUGAGCGAGGGCAGGUUGUGCCUAGCGGGUUCUUUGUAG